AGUAUUGAAAGAUGGAAAGCAGGAUGCAUACUUCAAACCAUAUCUGUCCGUGUUUGUGUUGAGUGUUAUUUCUGUUAUAUGAGCUGAAAUGGUCAGUGUGUGUUUGUGUGUUAAUGCAUGUUUGAGGGCAUGCGAGUCAGAGUGGGCUGGGUUAUCAGAGCAGAGAGACAGAAGGCAGUUUGCGGUGGACAGGGGAGAAUUUCACAUUCUUCAUCUCAACUUUGCCCAUCGCAGUCAUCCGCACAUUGCUGCGUGUCACUGGCAAACACUCUCUUCUUUCUUUCUUUUCUUUUCCUCUGAUUCAGCUUGAUUGUCAUUCUUCUUGUUCAAACACUUAGUUUCUCUUACUAUCUUCUAUCAGAAUAGUCAUUUCUUUAGGUUGCUUUAUCUGUACCCUUUCAUUCUAUAUCUGACAGUCUGGCUUCAUUUACAUAUUUUAUUUGCAUAACCUAAUGCAAUUUGGCGGUACCAGAUGGAGUCAAAGCAUCAUGGACCUCGACCUGUAAGACCCACAAGUCCAGCCAUGCCUUUCAUAGGUUGGCCCCACACAAAUGGAUGUGGAGGCCCAGGUCGGAUGUUGCUACGUGAGAUGCUUUGGCAGCUGGAGCAAAGAGUACUUCAGGUUCAAGAGGAGGAGUUCCAGUACUGCAUUUCCCAUGGCAUUCUGGGAUACCGUCACCCCCCAGCAUACCCAAGCCUGCUUGCCCCUAUACCUGCCUCUGAACACCGCCAGCUAGAGCACCUCUGUGGCCGCAUCCUACCCUCACACACUGCCAUUGUACUUUCCAGGCUCCAUGAUCUUUUGGCCCACAAUGACAUCCCUCCCUGGGAACUGGUGGGUGUCUUUAAGCAAGUUCUUCGAGACUUCCUGAGGAGACAGGAAGACGGCAUGCAGACACGUCAAGCCCCUUCAGCUCCGUCAACAAUUCUUUCUGCUCCCAGUCCACCUACAGAGAGUAAUGACAGAAAUCGCAUUGUUGGAAAUGCAUCUAGUUCUUUAUCAGAGGAGUCAGGGAAGCACAGGGAGGAAAUUCCUACUAUUUCUAGUUAUGUGGAUAAACAUUUGCGUGCUGCCUGCCCCUAUUCCAUCCACAGAGAUUGGAGUCUGCCCUUUUGCCAUCCUUUUGCUUAUGAGUCCUACAGCACCACAUUGUGAGACACUUAAUUGUAGAAGUUCAACAUGUUCUGAAUUUGUAGUCUCUUUUCUCAUUUAUAUGUUUUUGUAUGAUCUCCUUGCAUCUGGCUGAUUGUUAGGUUUAGGGGUGGACCUUAACUUAAAGCCUUUUGAAUUUACUAAAAAUCAAAAAUUUUCAUACAAAUCACAUCCUACAAAUUCAUAUGAAAUCGCCACCUCUUAAAUAAUUGUUUCCUCAUGAGAAAAGUCCAUGCAACCAUUUUCUAUGUCUUUCCUGUUUGCAAAUUUCCUAGGUCUCAGAUCUACACACAGAUCUACACUUGCAUUGAAAAAUCAAGUCCUGUUCUCAUGUUUAAGUAAAUUAGACUGAUUAAAAGUGAUUAACACGAUAAUGUAUGUGAUGUUAAAAUUUGGAAGAUGAGCCAUAAUCUUUUCGUAAUCAAUCAAUAA